AUGGAUGGGGUUCACACAGGGAAAGUGCUUGGUAAAUGCAUGGUACCAGGUGCUGGCAGAAGCAUGAAAACAUUGACCAUUGUUGAUUACUAUAUAUAUGCAUCAUGUUACAGAGAGAGUACUAUAGUAGAAAACACAUACAUACAUACAUACAUGGCUAUUAAUGUAAAGCUUCCGCUGAUGCUUCUUGUUGCUGUUGCAGCUCUCCAUUAUUGUGCAGCAGCUAACUGCACACGUAGCUGCGGCUCUGUGAGCAUUCCAUUCCCGUUUGGGACCACAAAGGAGUGCUCCCUGGCCCCCGAAUUCCUUAUCUACUGCACCAAACAUGUCCCACACUUACAAGACAAUCACCUGCGUCUGCGAAGCAUCGACGUCGAUCACGGCGAACUCCGCGUUUCCUUGCCGGUAGCCAGUGAUUGCUACUUCACCAACAGCAGCAGCAAGGGGGGAAAGUUCUUCAACAAUGAAACCGAUAGGAGCGUGUUUCUGGGAAAUUAUUAUAGCAUCUCAACGAGCCAAAACUUGUUCACAACGGUUGGCUGUGAAACACUUGGAUUAGUGGUGGGAAGUGAUUCAGAGGCAGAGAGAAUGAGACCGUUUCCUAAGACAUGCUUAUCAUACUGCGACCGACGUAAAGACGCAAAGGAUGGGGAGUGCACCGGAACCGGUUGUUGCAAUACUUCUAUACCCGAUGCCUCACCACAAGGCUUAUCGUACAUUUAUUAUUCUUUUGAGAAUUCCAUUUUGAAUAACAGUGAAAUAUUCGUUGACUUCAACAACCCUUGUGGUUAUGCUUUUGUGGUGGAAAAAGGAGAGUACAAGUUUGACACCACACAUCUGAAACAAAACCUUCCACCUAUGCCUGUAAGGCGCACAACAGCACGUGUCACGAUUCCACCAAGCGUCGUGGUUACCUAUGCAAAUGUUCCUCUGGCUUUCAGGGUAACGCUUAUCUCCCUCAUGGUUGUAAAGUAUAUGCGACAUUAUAUAUCACAUAUUGCUUCAGAUGAUGUUGAUGAGUGCAAGACACCCAAUAAAUUUUGCCAUGCCAAUGCAACAUGCAACAACACAUAUGGGAGCUACACUUGUGCGUGUCAGAAAGGUGGUGGAAGUGCUGGUGCUAGUGGUGGUAGAAGUGCUGAUGUCGGUGGAAGUGGAGUUGUCAGUUUAAGCAUCUUAGUGUUAUUUGUGGCGAGCUUUAAUGCUUAUUGUGGAUUGAGAAAAAGGAAGCUCAACAAACUUAAAGAACAGUUUUUUCAACAAAAUGGUGGUCUAUUGUUACAACAAAAAAUUGCUAAACAUAGAGGUUCAAUUGAAACAACUAAAAUCUUUAGCAUAGAAGAGCUAAAGAAGGCCACCAACAACUUUGAUGAAGUCAAGAUCUUAGGCCGAGGAGGCUAUGGAAUAGUUUACAAAGGAUUAUUACAAGACAACACAACUGUUGCAAUCAAAAAGUCCAAAAUCAGUGACCAAAGCCAGAUUGAACAAUUCAUCAAUGAGGUGGUUAUACUUUCCCAAAUCAACCAUACAAAUGUGGUCAAACUUUUGGGGUGUUGCUUAGAGACACAAGUUCCAUUGCUUGUUUAUGAAUUCAUUCAAGGUGGUACUCUUGAUGAUCAUCUUCAUGGUCAGAACCAAUCUUUAAAGCUUAACUGGAAAACAAGAUUGAGAAUAGCAGCAGAAACUGCUGGGGCUUUGGCAUACUUGCAUUCUGCUACUUGUCCACCAAUCAUACAUAGAGAUGUUAAAACUACCAACAUACUUCUUGAUCAUAAUCUCAAAGCAAAGGUUUCUGAUUUCGGAGCUUCAAAGAUUGUUCCCCUUGAUAAAGCCGAACUAUCCACCCUGGUGCAAGGGACUGUGGGGUAUCUAGACCCUGAAUACUUCCACACAAGCCACUUAACAGAAAAGAGUGAUGUGUAUAGUUUCGGAGUCGUUCUAGCAGAGUUACUUACAGGACGAAAAGCACUUUGUUUUGAUUUGCCUGAGGAUGAUAGAAACCUUGCAAUGUACUUCAUUUCUUCAAUGAAUAAGGGUCGCUUACUUCAGAUUCUGGACAAUCAGAUAAGAAAUGAGGCAAAGCCCGAGCAGCUCAUGGAAUUUGCCAAUAUUGCAAAACGAUGUUUGAGGUUGAAGGGAGAAGAAAGACCUACCAUGAAAGAAGUGGCAACUGAACUUGAGGGACUUAGAAUAAUGGAAAAUCAUAGGUGGGAAAGUGAUAGAUCGUCUUUGGAAGAGACUGAAGAUUUGCUCAAUGCAUCACCAUCAUCAUCAUCAUUGGCUUUUUACAGUGAAGAUAAUGGAUCUUAUGGAAGGGACAUUAUUUCUAGAUUGGAAAGCAUAGUUUACAAGGUUAAGAAUCUUCUAACUCCACCAAAAUGCCAAAAGCUAGAUUCCAUGUCAUUAGGUAGUGAAAGACUGGAAGAUGACAAUGCAAGUUGA